AUGAAUCAGUUUGAGUUAUUUGUGGCAAGUUCAGAGAGUGCCAGAUCUGAUGCCUGGCGUUACCUUCGACGUCUUAGAGAGUUGGACAACAGAAUCGAUGAGAACAUGCAGCGUCUCCGCGAGAUAGCAGAGACUGUGGUGAAACCCACCGUUACGCAAAGAACUGAAGAAAGAAAGAGGAAGAAUGGCUUACCGCACGGGAAUGAGAAACGAGGGCGCUCACCUCCAGGAACUGUGACGAGUGGAGCUUUUUUUAGGGGGCAUGGUGAGGAUGAGGAUGACGUGUCCUCGGAAACCUCUGUUGUGUUAUUAGAGCCGAGUGAGGCCAAGCUACGUGUGGAGUAUCGCGCUUGUCGGCAUCGCGUUUUGAGGUAUGCGUUGGAACGGGAGGCAGUGGCGGAGGAACUUAAGGCGUGUGGAAGUGAAAUGAAAAAGUGUCUCGCGGUUCGUAUGGCCAAACUGCGGCAGACGUUGCGUGGGGUCGAAUACUCCUCUCCGGGUACUUCAUCCUAG